AUCAUGGAAAUCUCACAACUGUUCUUCGCUGAAUAUCUGAAUGCGUUUAUGAUUCACAUUUAAUAUAUAAUACUUUUUAAAAAAUGUCAAAAUUUGUUUUGGACGCCGAAAGGCAUGAAUUAUUAAAAUCUGAUAAUAAUGAACCUAUUCUGAUUGAGGGGUCAUUAUUUAUUCGUGAUAAAAUCUCUGGUGUUGUUGUGAUGACUCUUGACACAUUAGAAACAAGGCAAUUUUUUAAUCUUAAUAAAGUUGAUAACAAUUCAAAUAAUUGUACCAGUAGUAUUGUUUUAUCAGAUGCUGAUGAAACUGGUACAAGUAAUACUGAUGAGCUCAAUUUAACUCAUAACAAUUCAGAAGAUUGUACAGAUACGGAGCUUUCUUUUUCCUCAAAUUAUGCACCAGCGAAAUGGACAGAUACCAAUGCUGUAAGAGCACUUAUUUCAAAUUGGAAAAACCACAAAAAUGAUUUCAAAAGCACGAAUAUUAGAAAUAAUAAGGUGUGGCAGAUGAUAGCAUAUGAUUUGAAAAAAGAAAAUCCUUUGUGAAAUUUUACUAGUACUCAAUGUGAAAACAAGUUUAAGGAUAUUAGAAAAUCAUUUACUAAAGUAAAAGAUCACAAUAAUCAGAGUGGAGCAGAAUUGAAAACAUGUAAAUUUUAUGAUGAGAUGGAGGCUGUUUUGGGUGAAAAA